UUUUAUGUGCGAACCAGAUGAACGACUUCAGCCUGUUUGUGCUUAUCUUUGUCACAUUUGCAGCACUGUCCUACAAGACAACUACAGAGACACAGUACAGUAUCAGAAGUUUUAAUCAUGGCUUCUGUGCCUAGGCGUGGAGACAGCAGUUCCCCAUCUGGCAUUGUGGCCUUCACAGCCAAGUUAAACAUUAGUGACAGCUACCCCUGUCACUCUGGAGUCCUGAAGUUUCGUAACGUGCUGGUCAACGAGGGAGGAGGCUACAGCUCUGAAACAGGCAUUUUCACGUGCCCCAUAGAAGGCCUCUACCACUUCAACAUCCACGUGUCUGUUUAUGGCCGCGGACAGUGUGCCAUAAUCAAGAAUGGGGAGAACCUAGUGUCUCUGUAUCACACCUCUUUACCUGACAAAUGUAGCCAAGUGGCCAGCACUGGAAGUGUGGUCAAGCUGUCAAAAAAUGAUGAAGUUUCUGUGAAUGUCUGGGGCUCUGGGAGGAAUGAUAUCUUUGCAACUGAAGAUAAUGACACUGUUUUUGUUGGGGUCCGUUUGGGUUGAUCAUUGGUGUAAAUGAUAAUGAGUCAUUAAAAAUCAUGGCCAAUGAUUUUAAUGCUACAUCACGGCAGGACACCCAUGUCUAUUUUUUUCUUCCUCUUUUUUUUUUUUUUUUUUUUCAUUUCAUUUCAUUAAAACAAGACCAAAAAA